CGGUUUUCUAAUGUUCAAACUAUGCUUGUCUACUUUCAGGUUGGCUGCGAAGUAUACAGGGAUUGGUUACCCAAGACGAGGCAACGGAUGACCAAUAGGAGUGCCCCUUCCCUCUUAUCUAAUUGUAUUGCGAUUGGUUGUAAAUAUAAUACUUGACCUUGAAUCUUCGUUCUUACUAGCACGCAACACUUGUGUGAUCACGCUGCUAACGUGCGCUUUGCUCUCUGUUUCAGACCAUUGCUUGACGAGCGGGAUUACAAAGUCCAAAUGUCGGUUGAGGGAUAUCCCCGGAUGAGUGUCCUUUCUGACUUCGACAUUGGGAAGAAGCUUGGUCGUGGGAAGUUCGGGACUGUUUUCUUAGCCAGAAAGAAAACAUCACACUUUCCGUGUGCAAUAAAAGUUAUUUUCAAGAAGCAAAUAGUGAGAUGCAAGAUGGAGCACCAGAUACAACGUGAAAUUGAAAUCAUGUGCCACUUGCAGCAUCCUAACAUUCUACAACUAUAUACUUACUUUCAUGACCACAAGCGGAUAUAUUUGGUUCUGGAGUAUGCUUUUAAUGGACAGAUGUUUAAUGAGCUUCGAAGACUGAGACGCUUUAGUGAGACACGUUCGGCUACUUAUAUUUACCAGCUCUGUGAUGCUUUGAUGUACUGCCACAAAAGGAAAGUGAUUCACCGUGACAUAAAGCCUGAGAACUUGCUCUUGGGUUUGUAUCAGGAGCUUAAACUGGCAGACUUUGGAUGGGCAGUACAUGCUCCAUCAUUGAGGAGAAGAACACUUUGCGGGACAAUAGAUUAUUUGGCUCCAGAAAUGGUUUGUGGGACUUCUCAUGAUGAACGUGUAGAUCACUGGACCGUUGGUAUUCUGUGUUACGAGAUGCUGUGUGGCAAACCUCCAUUCGAACAUCCUAGUACUCAAGACACUUAUGCUUGUAUCAAAGCCGUGAAAUAUACAUUCCCUUCUGAGAUAACACCUUUGGCACAGGAUCUGAUUUCCAAGAUCCUCAAACGUUAUCCAACUGAUCGCCUGUCCUUAGAAGGUAUCAUGUCUCAUCCGUGGGUCCAACGUUGCGCCAAUAAACAAUCAUUUCGUCAUACUGGUACAUCGAAACCGAAGCAAUAACGUUUGAAUUUCUAUUUGAUUAUUUCUAUGCAUUUUAAUAUAAGUGACUUUUUUCUCAUUGCCUUUAGCUUAUCUUUACAUUGUGUACAAGCUGACUAUUAUUUUCUAGUGAACCACCUGACUAUACAGUUGUUUGGAAUACCUCAAGUUAUUAUAUGUUGCAUAACUGGCAGUGAAAUGUAAUACGAUUUCCGUUGUGUUUAACCUUAUGCGUCAUCGAGCACUUGUGUAUUAAUGAUAUGUAGAAUUUACAGUUAGGAGUCUAAGUGAGUCUUUGCCCUGUAUAAUUUUAACUGAAGAAAGAAGUCAGAUAGAAAUCGUGAUGAAUC